AUGAAGAAAACUAAAGAAGUUGAUAUGAUCAAGUUAGAAAUGAAAACUAUGGCUGAAAAAUUCAAGAAUAUCAAGGAAGUCAAGACUGGUCAGAACGACCACGUAUCUUCAGGAUCAGGAAAGGGCAAAGUCAACAUCAUUUCUGAAAAAGUUACUGAGAAAGAUCUGAUGUUGACUGAGAAGGAAAGGAUCGCAAGAGAAAAUAUGGAAAAGGAACUUGAUGAGCUCAAUGCCCUAAGGGAAAAAUUGGAUGUUGAAGAGGCCGAAGCCAGGAAUUUAGAAAUAAUUCUUGAGAACAAGAAAGCUUUAUUUAUGGCCUGGACUCUCGAUCGGAUGCAAAAAUCAACUAUCGAUGAUCCAAAUAUCUUUUGGUUGGAACCAAAAACCUCUUUUCAAAUCAACAAAGAAGUGGAGUGUCAGUUCGAUUUCCCUAUCACUCCAAGGAGAUUUCUCUUCCGAUGCUUUUAG